UUGUGAGCGCUACUUGGAACCCAAAACCAAAAGUGCCCUUCUAGUCAAAUCUCAUAUAACAGAUCGAUCCAAAGCCCAUAGCACAGACUUCGCGAACAAAACACACAGAGAGACAGAAAGAGCUUUGCUUUCCGUGUUAGACAAAUUGGUUUCUUCUCUGCGGCUGUCCCUGUGGAUUGGUGACGAUGGUGACCAAGACAGAGGAGACCCAGUUGAGCAAUCUGGAGAGCCAGGUGGACAAUGGAGGAGGAGGGGCUUGGGAGUACCUCUGCCUCGUCAGGAAGCUCAAGGUCCGGCGCUCUGAGAAGGUUCUGAAGCACGGGUUAUCGAUUCUCAACAACCCCAAAAAGCGAUCCAGCCUCGGCUCGGAUGAAUGGACUUUGUAUGACCAAGUGGCAAUUGCAGCCAUGGACUGCCAAUGUCUUGAUGUUGCAAAGGAUUGCUUAAAGGUUCUACAUAAGAAAUUUCCAGAGAGUAAAAGGGUUGGCAGGCUGGAGGCAUUGUUGUUUGAAGCAAAGGGAUCCUGGGAAGAGGCAGAGAAAGCUUACUCAAGCCUCUUGGAAGAUAAUCCAUUAGAUCAAACAAUACAUAAGAGGAGGGUAGCGAUGGCGAAAGCACAAGGAAAUAUGACUGGGGCCAUUGAAUGGCUCAACAAAUAUCUUGAAAUAUUUAUGGCUGAUCACGAUGCCUGGAGAGAACUGGCUGAAAUAUAUGUCUCCUUGCAAAUGUACAAGCAAGCGGCAUUUUGCUAUGAGGAGUUAAUAUUGUCUCAACCAAUGGUUCCCCAGUACCACUUAGCCUAUGCUGAUGUGCUUUAUACACUUGGUGGACUAGAAAACGUUCAGACUGCAAAAAAAUACUAUGCCUCCACCAUAGACUUGACUGGAGGCAAAAAUACCAGAGCACUUUUUGGUAUCUGCCUGUGUUCUGCUGCCAUAGGACAGCUUACUAAGGGGCGGAACAAGGACGACAAGGAAAGCCCGGAGCUACAAUCUCUGGUAGCAACAGCAUUGGAGAGAGACUACAAGCAGAGAGCACCUGGGAAGCUGUCUCUGCUUACCACUGCCCUAAAAAGCUUGAAAGUUUCAUUGUAACUCCUCCAAUUAUUGAGAUUCUCAUAACUGUUGCCCAUCCCUCCAAAAGUAUAAGGGUGCAUCAACAAUUCGCUGCCCAAAUAGCUUAGUUGCUAAUAUUUUGGACUUCAUUAUAUGAAAAAUGAACUCUUUUGUAUUUGUUUGUGCUUUUUCCCCAAGCUUUUGAUAUGUCAGUCAGUGUGAUGUAUUUUUUAGGAUGCCCCUGUGGUGAAGUAGGAAUCUUACUAGGUGACUUUUCCCUUUGCAUAAGUUUGAGAUUUCUGUUUUUUGAUGUAAGAUUUACAAGAACGCACCAAAUUUUUUUAAAGCUACAUGUGAAGAUUUUGUGUGA